GUUCGGGAUUCUUCGAUACCAUAGAUGCCGGAAGGUGUUCUCAUUCUCCCCGUCUUUCGAAUUGGGAAUUGGAGAGAAUAAAGCGAGGCAUAUUCAAAUCAUCAACAUCAUCAAAAGAGAGAGAGAGAGAGAGAGAGAGAGAGAGAGAGAGAGAAGGAUAGAUGGCUGUGAACCCUCAACUGUUUGCAAAUGGGAUGCCGGUCCCUUUCGUCAACGAAAUGUUCGUCUUGUCCCGCGAUGGCGUUGAGUUAAAUGUCGACAAGAUCCCUGGAGCUAAUGGGGGUAAUGUCAACGUAAAGGGGACCAUUUACUUGUCAAAUAUACGCAUGGUGUUCGUUGCAAAUAAACCUGUUGGGAGCUUUGUCGCUUUUGACAUGCCACUGCUUUAUGUGCAUGGUGAAAAAUUUAACCAGCCAAUAUUCUUCUGCAAUAAUAUAUCUGGUCUUGUGGAGCCAGUAGUUCCAGAAGAUCAGCACAGGGCCCUCUAUUCCACUCACUCCUUUAAGAUUUUGUUCAAGGAAGGUGGCUGUGGAACCUUUGUCCCACUCUUUUUUAAUUUGAUUGCUUCUGUGAGACAGUACAAUCAACAUUCCUCUUAUCCUUUACCUGACGCUUUGCCACGCGUGGAUCCUUUACAAGCAGCUCAAACUCCCGUGGAUGAAAUGAUGCAGCAUGCAUAUGUGGAUCCUAACGAUCCUACGAGAAUAUUCUUGCAGCAGCCGACAUCAGAAUCUCAACUGAGGCGGCGUGCUUACCAUUCCCAACCUGCAGAACAGUCGAUAUGAUUAGGGGUGUUCAUGUCUGUCUUUUAUUGGGAUUUGUUUUUGGACAUAGAUAAAAGCAAGCUGUGUAUUGCAUAA